GGAAGCGCGCCCAACGAUGAGCAAGGCGAAAGGGAAGAGCGUCGGCGGCGCAGCGGGAGUCUACAGGCCAGAAGCAGUCCAAGAUGUUGCCGAGAGCGUCGGCAUCAGCUCGCUCAGCGACAGCGUCGCGUCGGCGCUCGCGAGCGACGUCGAAUACCGCAUCCAACAGGUCAUCGAGGAGGCCGCACGCUUCAUGCGGCAUGCACGGCGCACCACGCUCACGACGGCCGACAUGGACAAUGCGCUGCGCACGCUUAAUAUCGAGCCGCUCUAUGGCUUUGGAGGCGCGACCGUGCCUCCGCCGUUCCGCCGCGCCGCUCCCUUCCCGCACAUGCAGGGGCAGGGCCAUGGGCCCAUCUACUUCAUCGAGGACGACGAAGUCGACUUCGAUAGGGUGCUCAGGGAGGAGAAGAUUACGGUGCCACGGGGGGUGUCGUGGGCCGCGCAUUGGCUUGCGGUUGAGGGCGUGCAGCCGCUCAUUCCAGAGAACCCGCCCGCCGUGCCUCGCGACUCGGACCAGCCGCCUCAACAGGAUGGUGCGGCGAACACGGCAGCAUUGGCAGCGCAGAAGAAGCCGCAACAACAGCAGCAGCAACAGCAGCAGCUCGUCAAGCAGGUGUUGUCACGCGAGCUGCAACUCUACUAUGCUCGUCUUACGGCGUCGCUCCUGCCACCAACGGACAAUGCUAAGCGAACAGCAGCUUUGGCAAGUUUGCGAAGCGAUGCAGGUCUGCAGGCACUGCUACCUUACCUCGUCAAGUGGAUCGGAGAGGGUGUGGUCAAUGUCCUCAGGGAGGGUUCUGGGUCGGAGUCAGAUGGCCGGACACUGGAGGUUUUGCUGGAUGCUGUUAGCGCGAUCCUGGAGAACAACACUCUUUUCGUCGAGCCAUACCUUCACCAAAUCCUUCCACCGCUCCUUUCCACCCUCCUCCAUACCUCUCUUCCUCCAACACACGCCUCUCACCUCCGCGCAACUGCGUCCAGCACGCUUGCGCGUGUCCUCACUACCCACUCCACUACAUACCCUUCUCUAACCCCGCGAAUCACGAAGACGCUCCUCCUAGCACUCCUUGGGACAUCAACCAACUUCUCAAAUGGCCACCAAGGCGCAAGCUUUGGCACUCGCAUAGGUGCAAUCCGCGGCCUGGGCGCCAUUGGGAAGGAGGCCGUGCGCAAGGGCCUCGUCGAGGGUGGAGGCGCACGUGUGCUGGGCAAGGAGCUGGAGAACCGCAUGGACGACGGAGAUGAAAACACUGACGGUACCAAGGAUGCGCUCGUUGACGUCGUUAUGAAUGCGUUCAGGAUGUUGCAUGCUCCAUCCGACAUGCCCGAGGCUAUGGAUCCGUCCUCGCCAGAGGCAGCACGCCUCAUGGAGACCGUCGGAGAGUUCUUUGCGCAGAGGCUCGUCGGCGACUGUGCAUGGGCUAUGGGCAUCCUCGGAGAAACCCCUUCCUCAUGACGACUCGAUUCACUCCCGUUUAGACCGCUGGGACAUUGGGUGUAACGCAUGUGCCCCCUGCUUUGACUUGC